CGCGCCGCCGCCGUCGCCGCGGUCGUGCGAGUCUUCCUGGUAGACUGGGCGCUAGCUGAGUCAUCUUCCGGUUCACGUGUACCGGGUCUGCUUUUGGUGGGUGUUCACAAGAAUUGUCUUCAGUCAUGGCCUUGGGUGUAAGGUGCUUCCGCUUGGUCCACCCUGCCUUUUGCAACUCCCUUGCAGCCUUGACCAGACCUGUUUCAGAAGUUACGCUGAGGACAGUGAGUGGAAGACAGAAUGACCACGGGCAAUACCUGGCCUGUCCAGCUGGACCAAUCCGUCACUUUGCUACCAAGAAAGCCAAAGCCAAAGGGAAAGGACAGUCCCAAACCAGAAUGAAUCUUAACACUACCUUGGUUGAGGAUAUAAUCAGCUUGGAAGAGGUGGAUAAAGAAAUGAAGUCGGUGAUAGAAGCGCUCAAGGAUAAUUUCAAUAAGACUGUCAAUAUAAGGACCUCACCAGGAUCCCUUGAUCAUAUCACUGUGGUAACUGCUGAUGGGAAACUUGCUCUAAACCAGAUUGGCCAGAUCUCCAUGAAGUCGCCACAGCUGAUUUUGGUGAAUAUGGCCAGCUUCCCAGAGUGUACAGCUGCAGCUAUCAAGGCUAUAAGAGAAAGUGGAAUGAAUCUGAACCCAGAAGUGAAAGAGACGCUAAUUCGAGUACCCAUUCCCAAAGUAACCAGGGAGCACAGGGAAAUGCUGGUGAAACUGGCUAAACAGAACACCAACAAGGCCAAAGACUCUUUACGGAAGGUUCGUACCAACGCAAUUAAUAAGCUGAAGAAGGCGAAGGACAAGACCUCGGAGGACACCAUUAGGCUCAUAGAGAAACAGAUCAGCCAAAUGGCCAACGACACAGUGGCAGAGCUGGACAGACAUCUGGCAGUGAAAACCAAAGAACUCCUUGGAUGAAAACCCCCAGGGGCCAGUAGUACUCCCAAGCCCAGUUUCUAGUGGAUCCCAUGGGUGGCAAAUUGGCACCUCUCUACCCCAUCCACACGGAAGGCUGUCACCAUGCACUUGUCAGUCCGUGGAAAGCCCAGCCUUCCAGUGACACACUGUUGAUUCUCUUCCUCCUGUCCCCUGUCCACCCCAUCUGCUCUGGACCUUCUGGCCUGGCUGGCCCUCAGAGAGUCUCUGUUGCUGACAGAGGGCCUUUACUUGGGUCAUUUGCCUUGACUGUGACGUCCCCGAGCUGUCAGGACCAUUGGCAGGCUUAGCACUGCCUGCUCCUCAUCUUGGUAGCCUCCUUUUCAAACAAUUAGUCAGGCCCUGUCCCCACCUUUGAACUCUGCUUGGGACAAUGUGGGCCUUCACCUGUGCCUGGAUACCUUUGCUAGAGGCACAUUUUCACCAAACAAUAAAAUCUAAAUAAAUUGAUUGGAAAGAAUAACAACUGCAAAGGAAA